AUGUGGAGAUUCGACGGACCAAAGCUUGAUUGGUCGAGGAAGUUCCUAACCUGCCGAAAUUGGCUCAAGAAAAGUAUGUUGGAGAACCCUGCAGCCAUGCUUGAACAUGUGCAGUUGGUGCCCCCCCGGGGAUCAAAUUCUAGUAGGAGAGUGCUGCUAACAGCAAAUCAGAACAUAUCUGCUCAGCUUUAA